GGGCGAAUGCUUGGAAAGCCUCCUCCACUCUUACUUUCCUCUCGUCAUCUUGUCGCCCCUCUCUUUGCCUCUGUGUCCUCUGCACCGCGCUGUGCUGCUCAGAAGGUAAACCAGGGAUAAAACAUUCUGACCAGAGAAGAUGAAGCCCCGCUCGGUUUCUCUCGUCACCUGCGUGACUCUGCUCUCACUGUGCUGCAGUGUUUGUCACACCACUCCUAUGUUCUACAACAUAUCCAUGGACGGCAGCGGCGAUGAGGCAGAGCUGGAGCUCCUUUUCCCAACCUCCUUCUCCACUCGAGCACCUGCUCACAUCACCACUGCUACUGGAGCUCCCACCCUCACCAACACCAUCACCACCACCAUGAUCCGCCUGAAGGACUUCGUCCUGACCCGAGUAGUGGACUUCCUGCAGCAGAAUUUGCUCAUCAUCAUCGUCGUGACCUCCCUUCUCAUCGUCAUGGUCUUCAUCAUCUGUUGUGCCUCUGCCAUGAGUCACAAGCGCAAGCUGGAGGCGUACAAACCGCCUCCUAAUCCACCCAGGAAGUAUACGGCUGAUAAAACAGGCGGACGCAAGAAUUCAAACGAGCUCCAGGAUAGGCCCUACGCUGUCGACCACGUCAAGAGGGUCCAGACUCAGGGCAUGGCCUCUCCCAAGAACCUGCGCAUGCCCUCCAAGGCUCUGGUGGGAGAGAGGGGGAGGGAAGUCAGGUCGUCGCCUCGCCAGGAGGUCAGAAAGGUCAGGCAUGUGGAGGAGGUGGAAAAGCGGAGAGAGGAGCCAAAGCACAAAGAGCAGCCGAGGCACAGGGAGGAGGUGCAGCAGAGCUCCAGCCCCAGCACCAGCUCCAGUCAGCCGGUCUGCACCUGCCAUCUGAAAAAGGCCCACCACUAGGGCAUGUUCGAGAGGUGAAAUGUUGCAACCAUGACACAGAAACCAGAUCAGACAGGUUGGUCAAACCGCACACAUACAAAAGGAGUAUAUGCUGUAAAUGCAAAUCAGAUAUUUCUUACAGCUGCCAGCAAGAAAUGUAUUUAUGAGGCUUGUGCCAUUAAAUGAGAAAACAUCCAUCAUGUAACCAGUUAAAUCUAAAUGUUCAUGAAGCUAUGAACCAUCAGCUGGUGUAUUAUCGAAAGUAAAAAUGAAAAAUAGCACCACAGAAGAUAUGUGACGAGGAAUCAAAAUACUUAUGUUGCAGCAUAACUCAUGCCCAAAAAUGUUGCACCAUAAAGUUUUUGAUUCACGGAAACAUUAAAAAUUGAACACAUGAUACCAGCGGAUGUGGGAAAACAUACGGCUUAUUUAUCUGAAUGCUUUCAAGUCUGAAGUAGCAUCACUUGAAACAGUGAAAUAAAAGUGUCUUAAAUAAUGGGUAGCCUGUAAUUUCCAAUGUUUUCCAAACGGAAAUGAGAAAAAUAGUGAGUAUUCGUGUGUUUUUGAUACAGAGAUGUAUUAGUCUUUAUGCCUGCCAACACAGAGGAGUCUCCUCAGUAUGUCCUGCUGUACAUCGUGGCAUGUUUUUAGCAGCUUUGCCUGAAUCAGUCAGUGUGCGCUAGAUCGAACUCGCUGCUGCUGUAAAUAAAGCAAAGUGAGGUGCCAGUAAACCGGAUUUGUUGGAUAAGUAACGAAACAUUCUCUUAUAUAUUUACAUUCAUAUUUACUUAAUUUUGUUUGCAUAGUGUUAUUUCAUGUCGUAUCAUAUUGUGUUUCACUUUAAGGACCCUAAUUCACAAAGUUUUACACCAAAAGCUCAAUUUGCAACUGUGCUAUUUUCUGGGAAGCUGAAGUUUAAACACUCAUGUAUUCAUCUGCAUAUUUAUUUGGUUCGUAAUUUUAUCUGCUUUUAACUGACAACAAAAGCAGCUUUGUUGGCAUAAAAACUUUGUGAGUCAGAGUUUGAGCUUCUUAAAAAGUAAUUCUUAUAUAUCAGAUAAAUUAUGAGUUUUGUUUUUAAUGUAAUAAAUUGUAAUGAGUCAAAAACUUGAGUAUGGGGAUAGUUAGCUGGUCUGUUUUGCUGGUGUAAUAGAUAUUACUCAUGGUGGCUAAAGGAGAAGAUAAUUUAUAAAAAACUGUCCAGCUCACUGUCCCAUUGCUCAGGUUUAAGACUCGGAGCAUCUAAACCAAGCGUGUGACGUUCACUGUGAACGAUUUAUGGGCCAGACGUUUUAAAUACUUCUCUCCGUUGAACCUCAGAUUGUUGUCCUCAGAUGUUUCCAGACAGAUG